AUGUGUCUAGCGUACGCAUACGCCAGCGCAACCGAGUAUAAUACCGGAACGGUCUAUACUCCGAACCAUUGUCACAUGGGUGUCCAAGUUGAUGUUGUGAUCUGUUCAGGAGAUCAUGGAGAGAUAUUUCCUGCUAUUCCUUGUGGUCCCAUCCCAUCAGUCUGGAAGGAACACUCAGUCAUGAGUCUGCCAGUUGAUUACUUGCGCAACCCCUGCAUGUUAUUACUGUUUCGUUUGACACAAGCUGCAUCAGAUGCCACCAGCACACCCAACUCUCUGACCAACCUCGAGACUCGAAACUACUCGGGGUGCCAGCUACAGAUCCGUCGUCUAAGCGGUGAGGGAAUAAACGUGAAACGCGAAGCAGCGAAUCAACGAGGUCGAACGGUAGGGUGUAUGCCGAAACCGCACCGUGGAUGGCUACAACAGGAGUCCUCGCGAUGCCAUGGCGCCGCGCCAACCGCUGCCUCCUUAACCACUCGGACAUCCUGGCUAUCUAGGUUUCGCUUGACGCAAGCUGGACCUGAUGCCACCAGCACACCCGGUCUACACAGACGAGAGAGCUUCAUAUGUGUUACCCGUGUGGCAUAG